AUGAUCUUCCUUGUCCUUAGUCUGUCCCUCUUUGUCUCCAUUAGAGCGGCCGAGGCUGCAAGGCUCCCCGAAAAGGGUGUCACCCUCGACGAGGCUGGUCGCCCUAUAUUUGAUCGGAGUGGCUGGCAAAAGUCUCAGAACAUUCGAAAACUAUCAGGGCUGGCCAAGCGCGCAGACAAGAACGAUGAUUGGCUCAACAUGCUCUUGCAAGCGCACAGCUCAGACGAAGAUUGGUCCAACAGCUUUUUGGAAGCGCCCAGCCCAGCCCGAUCAGAGUACCCCCAAUCAGCUAUGGGCACCCCGCCGCAACAGCACAACGAGCAGCUUUAUUCUCAAAGCUGGAACCCCCUCAGUCCUCAGCCGGCAUUCCACGAGCCAUACGUACUCCAACAUCAACCCUCAAGCACACCCAGGUCUCACCGUGAUGAGCAUUUGGCUGGUUCGAAGGAAGGCACGAACAUGCAGGAACAAGAUUUGCGCAGCAGUGACGUUACCCCCGAAGGUUCAAGCCGAUAUAUGACGACUCAGUCUGAUCCGUCAUGGGCCAGCCAUUUCGGUGAAGAAGGACAUGGCGGAGCAUCGAGCAGCCGUAAGACAAUCGAUAAAGGCAAGAUGAAGUCUGGCGCAGGACCUGAAGACAAGAAGACACGUUACAACGCGAAAGAUUGCCCACUCCUGAGGAAAGAAAGUUUGCUUAGAUCCCUUGCUGCUCAUAACCAAAGUUCCCAGCUGAGACCGCACAAACACUUGCUUUCCGAGGAAGAGCGCAAGACAAUCUAUGAGGAGGCUCUUUUGGAGUGCCAAGAACGUGUCCGGCUGAGGUGUGCGAUGCGGGCUGCCGAAGAGAAAAGGGCGUCGGAGCUUUUUCAAAGGAAGAAUUGUGUUGACGACAUAGACGACAUUAUUCGUCGAGAGUUAAACACGAAGCUGAAUCACAUCAGAAGAGGGGAUCAAAAGGGGACCUCGUGGGACAUCAAAGAAACCAUUUUGACAGAACAAAUCGCAGAGAUUACCGGCGAGAAGGGUGAGAAGCUUAUGGAAAAUUAUCAAAAAGUCUUGCCAAUCAUCAAGGAGUCCUGGAGGAGGGAACCCGUAGUUUUGACCAAGCUUGACCAGAAUCCCCUCAAGAUGGAUGCCAAAACGUUCGUGACAUACCUUGUAAAGCGGCUAGAAAGAGAAGCGGGUUGA